AUGAUUAGAAAUUCAAAAAUAUUAAUGAAUAAAUUAAAAAGGAUUGGAUUAGGUCAAAUUACAAGUACCAAUAAUAAAGAGGAUAAUUUUAGAAAAUGUAAAGAAAUGAUAGAGAAAGCUGUUGAAAAUAAAGUGAAUUUAUUUUGUUUACCAGAAUGUUUUGCAUUUAUAAGUGGUGGAAUUCAUCAAUUUGAAUCAAGAGAUAAUGCAGAGUAUUUAGAUCAAAAAGGAGGAAUCAUUGAAAGAUAUAAAGAUUUAGCAAAGCAAAAUAAUAUUUGGUUAUCAUUAGGUGGAUUUCAUGAAAAGAUAUUGGAUGAUCCAAAUGAUAUGAUCUACAAUACUCAUUUAAUCAUUGAUUCAAAUGGUGUAAUAGUUUGCGAGUAUAGAAAGAUGCAUUUAUUUGAUGUCGAUAUUCCAUCAAAGGGUGUUAAAAUGAAUGAAAGUAAAGUUGUUAAAGGUGGUAAUGAUUUAGUGGUUUGUGAUUCACCAGUUGGUAAACUUGGUUUAUCAAUUUGUUAUGAUUUACGUUUUCCAGAACUUUAUCUAAGUCUAAGAAGAAUGGAUGCUCAAAUUCUAUUGGUACCAAGUGCAUUUAUGAAGAGUACUGGUGAAGCACAUUGGAAACCAUUACUUCAAGCAAGAGCAAUUGAAAAUCAAACUUAUGUCAUCGCUGCUGCUCAAACUGGUGAUCAUCAUUCUAAAAGAUCUUCCUAUGGCCAUUCAAUGAUCAUUGAUCCUUGGGGUAAGGUCUUACAUGAUUUACCUGAUAACCUAAAUGAUAUCGCUUUUGUUGAUAUAGAUCUCGAUUACAUUUCAACUUGUAGAGAAAACAUACCUGUAUUUAAUCAUAAAAAAUUAAAUAAUUAUAAAAUAUAA